CCAACCGACAACCGAUAUGCCUCUCGCAGGCUGAUCGCAGACGCAUUGUUGCUAAUCAAUAUUCAAGCGUCCUCUGGCCUCCAGCGCCGAAGAACCUUAACAUUGAAAAUUCCUGAAGUGAUGCAUGCUUUCUUCUCCUUGGCAACCGACCGAUAUUGCCCUCUAAUGUAGUCUUUACGAGUCUGGAAUAUGAUCUUUAUGAUGUGUAGUCGAAAUCAAGGCUUGCACUGUGGUGACAGAACAUCGAAAGAUCGAAGCUACAUCCCAUUAUCCUGGUGACGUUUCUUAAUUAUAAUUCUAUGCAAGAUCGUUUGAUGAAGUCCCUUGCUGUGCGAGUCUAUUUAAAAUGAGCUUUAAUACCUUGCUUUACACUGUGGUGAUCGCGACGAUAUGCUCUGCAAGACUAUCAGCUUCUGCAAGUUUUAAUUUCACAAUUGAGCCCUCAGACCAUGUUGUUGCUAUUGGACAACCUCUUCUCCUCAACUGUCAAGCACAAUACAGUGGUCCUGACAACGUUGUCAUAUCCUGGAAAAAUAAUGAUGCCUGGCUUUUGAAUCCUGCUAACAAACCUUGGAAACAGUUUGCAAAUAGCUCUCUUUAUUAUAGUAGUAUUCCAGCGCAAAGCAUUGGAACAUUCAUCUGUGGCGCAGCUGUUCCAGGCACUCAGCUUAUCAUAUACAGCAGGACAGCGACAGUUCAAGCCGCUUACAUAAAAUCUCAAUACCUUGCACAUCCUGUUAAUGUGACCAAAAGAUUCGGAGAGACAGCAACAUUUGAUUGUACCAUUGAAGAAAGUUUACCCUAUGCAUCCAUCCAAUGGUACAAAGAUGGAAAUCUCUUCACCCAAGGUGAAGUGGCAGGUCAAAUCCACAUUCUAGGUACAAAGGCAACAUCAUCUGCUUUGUCUGUGAAGAGCAUAACAUUCUCUAGUGCAGGAUGGUACUGGUGUGUGGCUAUCAACCCGUUAUUGCCCAGUCAGCCACAGAGCAGCAAGAGAGCAUAUUUAACAGUACUCCCUUCUCAGGAUAAGCCUCAUUUUGGCAUUCAUCCAACAAACAUGAUUGUCCCAGAACAUCUGCCAGCCAUAAUGCAGUGUCAAAUUUUGGGUGUCCCACCACCCAUAAUAUCUUGGACAAUGAAUGGACAGACAGUCAGCAAUGUGUCUGAUCGCUACAUUCUAAGUAAUGGUUCUCUUUACUUUUCGGCACCUGUGAAUCAUUCGUAUGCUGGGCAGUAUGUGUGUAGUGGAACAAACUCUGCUGGAUCAAUCUCUAGUGGGGCUGUGUUGUUCAGAGUUGCAUAUUUUGAUUUUGCUUUUGUUGAGAAUCCAGCCAACAAGACAGCUGUAGUUGGUGAUGCCGUCAGCAUGAACUGUGUCCCCCCUGUCAGUUUUCCUGUUCAGGUCACAAUUCAAUGGUAUCAUGACUAUCAGCUAAUUACUCCAGGUGGAGGCAUUUCUGUUGACAAUUCUGGAUCAAUAAAAUUUACAGCUAUUAAAAAAUCUGAUGAAGGAAUGUACUUCUGUGAUGGAACAAAUUCUGAUCUUCAAGCCACCAGAACAUCGGAACUGGCCUAUGUUACUGUGCAUGUUCCACCUACUUUUCAAGUUCAGCCCAGGGACACCAAUGUCACUGAAGGUUCUCCUCUAACAUUACACUGUCAGGCCACAGGCUUCCCAGUGCCAAAGUUAACUUGGCAUAAAGAUGGCGAACCUGUGGAUACUAAUGAUGUGACCUUGUUGUCCAAUGGAAGCUUGCAUAUUUCCACCACUGUCAUGCAGGAUGCUGGGAAGUUCAGCUGUAAUGCAAGCAAUGUUGCUGGUUCUACUACUCUGUCUGCAGAUGUUGUUAUUUAUGUUCUGCCAUCUCUUGUCACAUCUGCUGCAAAUGCCACCAAAACGGUUGGAGAAUCAGUCAAGUUUGGGUGUUCAUUUAAUGGAAUCCCAAAUCCGGACAUUGAGUGGUUUUACAUGCCUUCUGGAGGAUCAAGAGUGCAACUUACACAAACAGAUCAUUAUGUCAUUACAGCUGGGUCUCUUGAAAUCAGGCAAAUGUUAAAGAAAGAUGAAGGAAUGUACAUUUGUAGAGCUGUCAAUGUUGCUGGGAGUUUGGAAUCAUCAGCGUAUUUGAGAGUGAAAGUUCCAGCAUCUCUUGAAAUGAAUCCAGUAAACAUGACUGUAAAUGAAUCAUCUUCAGCCUCGUUCCGGUGUAACGCGUCAGGUGAUCCAAAACCAGUAGUCACGUGGUUUAAAGGUGGGACGCAGUUGGCUGCAGGUGGGAGGAUUGUGAUUGGUGGAGACAGCCUGACAAUUUUGAACACGGUCGCAAGUGAUACCGGACAGUACCGCUGUAAUAUUAGUAAUGGGCUAAACUCUCAUGUGGGAAUGGCUUAUUUGCUUGUGCAAGUUGCUCCAGACAUCACAUCAUUUUUCGUGCCCAGACUGGUUCAGCUCGGAAUGAAUGCUACUUUAACCUGUGCAGUCAGCGGUAUUCCCCAGCCUGGGAUCACGUGGUACAGAGAUAGCGUCUUGUUGUCCGUGACAAGCAGCGUUUUUGUAAUUGAUCGCGUGAGUGUAGCUGACGGUGGCGUAUACACCUGCAUUGCUUCAAAUGCGGCGGGAAGGAUGUCAAAACAUGGAAACUUGACCGUACAAGUGGCUCCUAGUGCUCCAUUUCCAAUAUCGGCCAUCCCAGGAUCCUCUACCGUUAUUCAGUUGUCAUGGAGACCAGGGUUUGAUGGACAUAGUUCUAUUACUGGUUACAAAUUAGAAAUGAGGAGGGAGUCUGGGAGUUAUAUGGUGCUGGAGGAGAAUAUCUUUGCGACGUCAUUCACAGUGAGAAACCUUGCUCCCUACACAACUUACACCUUCAAGAUUUCUGCGCGGAAUGCUGUUGGGUUAAGUCCUGGAGCGACAGUUACAAACCGAACCUUGGAAGAUGCUCCUUCGCCACCAACAAACCUAGUGGCGGUAUCUUUGAAUGCGACUGCCAUCAGCAUCACGUGGAAGAGACCAGAUAAUCCAAACGGUCAGAUCACUCGCUAUGAAAUCCAAUACAGUACUGUUGGUAGUAGCGGCGUCAUGAGUGAUGUGCUAUCAGGCGAUCAGAUUCCUGGUCUUAAGACUUUGAUUGGCAGCUUAAAGCCAUUCACUCGCUAUCAGUUUAGGAUUCGUGCAGCCACUGGGGAAAUGGAUGUUAUGUGGGGAAACUAUUCAGCUGCAGCUGAAGUGACAACUGGUGAAGCAGCUCCAGAAGCCCCUCCUCAGGAUGUCCAACUUCAAGCAUUGUCUGCUGUUUCAAUUUUAGUGAAAUGGAAGAGUAUCCCCUCAGAAUUUACAAAUGGCAAUGUCAGAAAAUACAUCAUAUUCGUAAAGGCAGUUGGUCCUUACAGAUUCUCUGAGGCCAAGAACUUCUCCACGGACACAUCGCUGAAUUUUACAAUACGUCAACUAUUUCCAUGGACAAUAUACAAUGUUUCUGUCCAGGCCUUCACGGUCCAGACCGGUCCCAUGAGUCCUUGGGAGCAAGGUCGGACUUUGGAAGCUGUACCUGGUCCACCAUCAAAUGUCACCCUGGUGUCUGACAGCCAGCAUAGCAUUGUGGUCUACAUAGCACAGCCACUUCCACUCAUGCGCAAUGGUAUCAUUGUUGGUUAUACCGUGUUUUACAGAGAGUCCAACUUGUUACCUGAUGCAGGAUAUCUGUCUGUUAGCACAACUGCUUCCUCUGUAAUGCUGGUCAAUCUUACAGUGUUUACAGAGUAUUCUGUCAAAGUCGCCGCUUCCACUAGUGUGGGGAUGGGGGAUGGAAGUGAAGUGAAAACAGUGGUUACACAGGAAGGAGUUCCUGGUACAGUUAAUGACGUGACUGCGACAGUGGUGGAUCACGAUACAAUAACAGUCACAUGGCGUCCCCCUGAAAAACCCAACGGCAGAAUCAUACAGUAUAAUGUCACAUACAUCAUUGCUGACGAGAACUCAACACGCAGCCUGACAACAGAUGGAGAGUUAACGGUGGACAUAAACAACUUGACUCCCAAUACUACUUAUUACAUAUUUGUUACGGCAAGGACGAGCAAAGGGUUUGGUAAACAAGGGAAGGCGGUGAAUGCUACGACACGCCUUCUUCCUCCGUCAACUGCCGCGCCUACUGAACCGCAGACCACCCCCGCUGAGGAAUCAAACACUACAACUGUGGUAGUCCCCGCCGGGACAGAGAAGAGAACAGGUGGACUGGGAGAGGACCAACUGGUCAUUAUCAUCGUCUGCGUGGGACUUAUAGUGCUGUUUCUUUUAAUCGCGGCAGUGUAUUUUCUAGGCUGUAGGCAUUGGAGGGAACAAAAAGCUGUAGCCGCGACGUACAAGAAAUCAAAAAAGCGACGUGAUUUCAGAAGUGGAUAUGAAAUGGAUAGACCAGCGUAUCCUGGUUUCCCAGCUGGCAGCGCGGUUCUUGAGGUGCAAGAGGAACCAAGUAUAGCAGACUCUAACGUUUCGAGCGAUUCGUUCGACUCUGAUUGGAACAGCAGUGUAGCCUCGCCUUCACCAGUGAAGCCGAGCCACGAAUACGCUGACCCAGAGAAUCGUGGCUCUCCGCACGCAUCAGGUCACGCUCCGUUGGCGAACCUUCGCAACAAAAAGGCUUCCAUAGCUUCACAGGAUAGCCAGUACGAUCAACCGUAUUCGAGUGUCGAGGAGCUGGGCGGAGGCUGUGCAACCUUCGGACCCCUCCCGCCAAUUGCUUUCCGCUCCUCUCCUAUCGAGGAACGAGACUCUGAAUCGCCUGGGAGUCGCAAGUCUUUUACAAACAAGCUUUACAACCCGGCAAACGAGGAGGGAAGGGUUAAUGUCGGAGAAGGGAGCAGAACUUCUGAAGGUUAUCAGAAUAGAGACAUAUCGGGGAUGGAGAACAGUGGAUAUGAUUCAGACGAGGAGCUCAAUCAAAGUAUUGGGGAAUCCCUUGGUAAGAAGUCGAGUCCAAGCCCGGUACCGCCUAAUCUUGAAGAAUUGUACGCCAAAGUCGACAAAACCAAGAAGAAGACUUUUCGCAAGAAAGAGGUGACAUCAUCAAGUGACACUGAAAGCAACCAAUCAACAACUCUGAACGAUUCAUUCGCAAAGCCGGACAAAAGCAAGAAAACAUUUCGCAAGGUGUCCAGCGACCCACAGGGCAACCAAGUAUCCAGACGAGCGCACGGGCCAAAUCAUGAACCUGUGGUCGUGUACGAUGAAAGAACUAACUUCAACGGCGAAGCUGAGCCCGAUGACUCACACCCAGCAGCUGAAAAACACGAUGCCAAGAGCGUUGGAGAAAGCACCUUCUCAAGCGACACGAUCACGGUGUCCGACCUGAACAGCAGCGAAGCGACCGAGCCAGUCAAAAGUGAGGAUUUAAUCGACUGGAAUCUCGAGCUUCCACAGGCGAACGAUAACGAAGAGCUGCCCAUUCAAGAUCCUGUUCCGAGAUCACCUUCUCCGUUCACGCUCCGGAAUAAAAAGAUCUCGUUGGGUUCUCAGGAAAGUUUGUACGACGAGCCUUAUACCAAUUUGGAGGAGAUCGAUGCUGGUACCACACCGGUUCCCGAUUUCACCCCCGCCCCACCUCCAACGUUUGGAUCUACCGUCGAUGAAGCUCCUCCCGAGGAACAACCGAAACUUCUCCACGUCGCGCCGACAAUUUCCCGAUCGUCUUUUCCUAAUGAGCCUUAUGGAGUCGUGGAUAAAUCGGAAGAGGAAGCUGUUGUCAUGGAGGUGAAGGAGAUUGAAAAUGAUAAAGAAGCAGAAAAUACCAUCAAUGAUUUUGAUGAAGUUCUAAACGGUCUUCUGGGUAACGAGUCCCCGAAUGAACCUGGGGAGAGACACAACUCGUUUUCUAGUUCCAACGCCUACGAUUCCACCGUAUUGAUGUUCUAACUUUUAAGCGUUAAUCAUUUUCUUGCCGCUUAAUUAAAGGAGUUUAGUCAAGGUAUUUUGUGUUAUUUUGGCCUCGUAAAAAUUACCUUUAAAUUAAAGGAAACCUGAUAACAAUA